UAUGUUAAUAGCAGAACGUUCGAGGAGCUGCUGAUUGGGCGCCGUGUCGAAUUUUCUUUUGCUCCGCCUCCUGAUUCAUUCACUCCGUGCUUAAUUAUUCAACAAAGCCGGCGGAGGCGGAGUCUUAAGGGGCCGCUGCUUGUUCAGGGCCUUGUGGAUGGUUUUCGGUGAAAUUCGCCACGCUUGAAUCGGAGCAAGAGGGACCACGGAAGGGACCAUAAGGUUAGCGGACCCUGAGAGAGGGAGAGAGACUCCAAAAGGAACCUUGGGAAGUGAGGAGAAGACAUGAAGACUAGAGGGACCAGCCAGAUCGAGAUGGGGCUGCAUCCGCAUCACGAGGAGAGGAUGAUCGAGUUGCAGCCGUCCACCUCGGCAACUGUGCGGCCACCACCAGUCCCAUGGUUUGGCUUUGAGGAAGCCUUCACAUUUGUGAGCCAGAAGGGGAAAAAUGUGGUGGUGCAAUGCAAUUACUGUCUCCCAGUGAUCAAGUACGUGGGCUCUGCAAUUAGCACUGCAUCCAACGUGAAGCAACAUUUGAAGAAGGCACAUCCUGAGCAGCUCAGAACCAUUCUCGAAAUAGUAGGAGGAAGCGGCAGGAGACGUGGCCGUCCGAGGCAAAAUCUUCAGAGUGAGGACGGCUCUCCUGCUGCAAAAAUGGCUAAGAAGCAAACCAUCCUUGAGCCUUGGAGAACGGGAGGGGAGAUAAUCACCCAGAGUCUUCUGGACAGCAGACUGAUGGAUUACAUUGUAGAGGAGACAGUGCCUCUCCAGAUGGUGGAGAAGCCCACCUUCAGAGCACUAGUGGGGCUCGGGAUUCCCAGAUAUCUCACCAUUAUGUGUGCCAAGACUCUGAGAGACAGGAUAGAGAGGAGAGCAGCGAGCGUGCGAGAAGCUCUCGCAAACCAGAUGGCUGUGGUGCCGUACGUUGCCACCACUGCAGAUUGCUGGGCCAGUGGGGAGGUGACUUCCCUGUGGGUCACGGCCCACUGGAUCAACCCAGCAACUCUGAAGCGGGAAUUUGGGGCCUUGGCUUGCAGGCAGCUGGAGGGGCCCCCCAACUACUGUACUCUUGUGAAAGCACUGCACAAUGUGUAUGCAGAGUACGGGAUUCACAAUAAAGUCAUGUGUAUUACCGCUGACAACGGCAAGCAUUUCAUUGCCAAAGAAGCCAUGGAUAGUGUAGAUGUAAGUUGUGGUGGUGAGGACGGAUGGGAGGCAAAGGUAGAGUUUGUAUGUGUUUCUGAGAUUCUGGACACAGGCAGUGAGCAGCAGAAAGAAGUGGCAGAAUUGGAUGGAUCUCUCUGCUUGCCACCACACCGAAGGUGUGCUAGCCACACCCUCAACCUGGUGGCCACGCAAGAUAUACAGGCCAUGAUUUCUGACUCCUCCCGAAAUAGUCCUCUUGGUGCUUUCCGGAAACACUUCCUCUCCUUGAUGGACAAGUGUAGCCAGCUGUGGUCCAGGCAGAACCAGUCUGUCCAGUUUGCAGAGUACAUCCAUGAGCAGUGUGGCAUGUAUCUGAAAGUUCCAGACAAAACCCGGUGGAACUCCACCUUCGACGCCUUGAAACAACUCAACGAGUUCCUCGCUACAGCGCCAGAAAAAGUAGAUGAUGUGAUGGAGCACUGUUCUUUAGAUCGGAUUGCUGAAGCAGAGCGUGUGCUGUUGCAGGAGUACAUGGAGAUCAUGGGGCCGUUGGCCCGGGCCCUGGACAUCCUGCAACGGGAGAACAGUAUGUUCAUGGGGUACCUCUUGCCAACUCUGUAUAGUCUGGACCGCAAGUUGCAGAGGCUAGAAAACAAACCUGAACCCUACACGUACUGCCUCCCUGUGUUGAGAGGCCUGCGCAGUGCCCUCAGGAAGCGAUUUGAUUCGGUUUGGGAGGACAAGGACCUCCUUCUGGCUGCCUGCUUACACCCUUUCUUCAAACUGGACUGGCUGGAAAAAGCUGAGCACAGGUCCAAGAUGGAGGCCUGGUUGAAGGCUGAACUUCAAGAUGCAAUCGGUGACGACAUUGAGGAACCUCUAGAAGAAGAACAGGAAAGCGACAGUGACUUGUAUAACUAUUUUGACAUUGAGUCCGGGAGAAAGAAGUCAAAUGUGUCCACAGCUGAGGAGGAAAUCUCAACAUAUCUGAAGAUUCCAAGAAGCGAAGUGUCUUCCUUAUCCCUGUAUUCCUUCCCACAUAUUCUGCAGAGUUUUCUCAAGUACAACACGGGCAUUCCUUCAAGCGCCGCCAUGGAACGCCUGUUCACCACAGACGCCAGAGCCAUGGCUGCAAAAAGCCAUUCCUUCUCCGGGGAGUUUCUUGAGCACCUGCUUCUUGUGAAGCAAAAUAGGGCUUUCUCAGUAUUUUAAAUGUCACGACAAAGAUGAGAUUAAGAUCCAUAAAGUACAAUGGAACUAAGAACAGCGUUGAAAGCAGGGAUGGGGAGGGAGAAAUCUGGUGGCUGAGGUCGUUUCUCUGCUGUGGUUUCUUUGUGGAUCUGUUUGUUCUGCAGUCAAACUGGGCUUUCUUGCCAUUGUCGGUUCUAGCAAAACUCAGUUUAGUAAGCAUGACGUUAUAGAAAGUUUAAAGAACAGUUUGAACUAAGAACAGCAGGUAAAGCAGAGAUAACAGUUCAUGUUAUCACUUGAUGCUACAAAUUAAGGGGGGAACUGUUUGAACUGAAGCAGGAAAUAUCCCUCAGCAUGGCUUGGGAGAGGGAAGUGAUAGGUUGGCCCAAGCUGAUUUAAGGUGUAACUGCUCAAGUGCUAAAAUCCUUUGUGCAUUGUUCGUAAGUAUUAUUGCUUA